GGCAAUAAAAGGGACCCUUCAAAGUUAUUCUUCUUCCAUGUCUUCAAAGAGCAAAUAACAAGAAAGAGGAUAGGAUAUUAUAUUUAUUAGUUCCAGUGAAGAAAAUGGGCUUGUCAACCAAAAUUGGGAAAUACCAACUUAGUGAGUCCAUUGGACAGGGAACCUUUGCCAAGGUAAAGUUGGCACUGGACACCAGCACUGGCCAGUAUGUUGCAGUCAAGAUCAUUGACAAGAAGAUGGUCAUGCAAUACAAGCUAAUGGAUCAGGUUAAGAGAGAGAUAAGUACAAUGAGGCUUCUGAAUCAUCCUAAUAUUGUUCGAAUAUAUGAGGUCAUUGCAACUAAGACAAAGAUUUACAUUGUAAUGGAAUAUAUCUCCGGGGGGCAACUCUCGAACAAGUUGUCUUACCUAAAGAGGAUGACUGAACAAGAAGCAAGGAAAUACUUUCAGCAAUUAAUUGAUGCAGUAGAGUACUGCCACAGUAGAGGUGUUUAUCAUAGAGAUCUGAAGCCUGAGAACCUACUAAUAGAUGGCAAAGGAAAUUUGAAAGUUUCUGACUUUGGGCUCAGUGCAUUGAGAAAGCCUGGAGAUCUCCUAUCUACUAUUUGUGGUUCCCCAUGCUAUGCAUCUCCUGAGGUAAUUACUAAUAAGAAUUACGAUGGAGCAGCUGCAGAUGUUUGGUCUUGUGGAGUAAUCCUUUUUGAACUACUUGCUGGUUAUCUGCCCUUUGAUGAUAUUAACCUAAUGAACUUGUCUAGGAUGAUAUCGAGAGCAGAGUACAAGUGUCCAGAGUGGUUUACAGGGAGCCAAAAGAAACUAAUUUCCAGGAUUCUUGAACCACUGGAAAGAAGGAGGAUCACAAUAGCAGAGAUUGUUGAAGAUGAAUGGUUUCAAAUAAACUACGAGCCUUUUAUAGGGAUAAACUGCAAUGUAGACAUUACUUUGGAGGCCACCAAUACUGCAAUUAAUGAAAUGGAGAGAAAGUCCACUGAAGUAGGCGUAUCCAAAUCAUCGAGUUUCAUCAAUGCUUUCCUACUGAUAGCAAUGUCUAAUGACCUUGAUUUGUCUGGUCUCUUUGAAGAACAGCAGGAUGACAACAAAAAGAAAACAAGGCUUGGUUCCAGACAUCCAAUUCAUGAGACCAUAGAAAAAAUCAAGGAUGCUGCAAAGGAUGCAAGUCUAUCAGUUGAAAGAAUGAAUAAUUCAAAGGUGCUAAUAUAUCAGAAACACAAGAUGACCAGAUUUUCUAGAAUCUGUUUCAACCUAUCAGCAGAGGUAAUUCAAGUAACUCCCAUGCAUUGUGUGGUAGAAAUAUCAAAGUUUGUAGGGGAUCCAAGGAUGUAUAAAGAGUUCUGCAAAAGUCUAUCAGGACUUCUCAUAGAUAAACCGAGUGGUUCUGAUGAAUUACAAGUGCCCAAAAUAGUCAGUUCUGAUGGAAAAGAUGUCCAAGAAAAUGGAAGAUUAGAAGAUGAAGGAAACAGCAUUAGUAAAACACUCUGUGGCUAUUCUUCCUUGUGACAAUUGGGAGGAGGAUGUGUAAUUUUGACACUCUUUAACACUCAAAAAUGCAGAACAGAGUAAUUCCAUGAAUAAUGAUAAAAAAAUAACACAAUGUAAUUAUGCAGAAGAAUUCCCUCCGAUAUUUCAUCGUGAAUAAUGGUCAAAAUAUAAAAUUCCAUG